ACAGGUGGAGCCCCGAGGGGCGGCCCCGCCACCCGGACACUAACCGACCCACGGCACAAUUUGGUGUAAAUAAUGACAGACGAUGGAGGACGAGAAUGCCAAGUUCUCGUAUUUAUUACGAGACCGAAACGUGAUAAUUCUUUUCGCAAUCGUGGUUUUAAUUAGUCUCUUAAUAUCUACUACUAUUAGUGUGCUUGUGGGAGCUCUGCUGCUCUGUUCCCUCCUCAGUGGACUCGUCCUACCUUUUAUCAUAUUUCGAGAUGGUAGACAAGUUCCUAAUCUCUUGGCCUUAUUUACUGGGCCAGAAAAUAAUGAUUAUAAAGGGGAAAUGCCACGUUCCUGCUCAGUGUGUGGGGGAGAACGGUGUCAGCGUCAGCACCCAAAUACUCCUCUCCAGAUAACUGCACACACACAUGUUAAUUUUUUAGUACCACAAAGUGUGGAUGAAGCACUUGAAGAGCUGUUAAACCUGGCCCUGGAUCACCAUGUGUAUAGCUGGUACCGGGAAAUCUCCAUCCAUGAGCAGCUGGCAGAUGAAAUUCGAUAUAUAAUUAGAUAUGCUGUAGCAGUGGUGGCCAGCAAGCUUACAAAGGUUGAUCUGACAACAGUGAUCAUAGAUCGUCUGCUUCCAGCACUCAUAAAUCACUUGGACGCAUAUGUUGAGGGCAGCAGAAGAGUUCGAGGUAACACUUCUUCAGAAGCAGCUGUGGUUCAGUACCUAAGAGCAGGAGGUGGGCUGCACCGGGCAGUGAAGUCACGUGAAGAUGAAGCAGCUUAUUUAAGAGGUGUUAUUGGCACUGUUAUACCCUCUCUUCUUCCAACAAAAUAUCAGUCAAGCAGAUUGGGGCGUACAUUCUUAGAAGAGCUGUUGGGUCGAGUUUUAUUACUUCAAGCAUUGGACCUACUAGCCAAUCCAGACACAUUGAAUCUACUUUUUCUUCUUCUGUUGAGUCGUGAUUCUUCACCAUGGUUACCUCAUAAACCUGAGCCAGAGGUUCUUCUUCUCAAGAACUUUGCCUCGGUUAACACACACCCACGUAACUCGGUUCUGAGAUGCAACUUGUCUUCUGUGUUGAAGGAUCAGAGUCUUCUGUACCUGUUUCACACCUUUCUUAAGGAAGAAGGAGCUAUUAACAAUCUUCAGUUCUGCCUUGCUGUUGAGGACUUCAAUCGCCACAUCCUAGACCCUGACCUUACAUCAGAGCAGCUAGAGCAACUUCAUCAUGAAGCUUUGGAGCUUUACCAUACCUACAUGGUUACUUCUGCUGUAGACCGCAUCAACUUUCCUUCACACAUAGUCUCACAUAUUAGAGAGAUUGUACAUGGGGAGGUUAAAGACAUCGUUAAGCUGCGUACUACACGUCCCCUCUUCCAGGCAUAUGAACACGCAUAUAAUCUACUAGAGAGAGAAUACCUUCCACUCUUCAUGCACAGUCAUGCGUAUUUCGGUCAUCUGUGUGGGACAAGAAGUUCUCAAAGCUAUCAGAAAAAUGCAACCAAGGAGAUUGAUCCCCAUCCCAGGAAGAACGUAGGUAAAGUAGUGGUGAAGAAGGUGGGUAGUGGCCUGAAACAUAUUGGGAAACAGAUGGUUCUCAAGCCAUCUGUUGUCAUCGGGGGUGAAGACGACCAUGCGCUCUAUGAUAUUGAUCAAGCUGAUGAUAUAUCCCUGCUAAUGGCUGAUGAAGUUAGUGGAAUGUCGCAGUCAGUCAGUAGUCUAGAGGGACUCACGUCAAGUUUUCGUGACCUGAGUGCAUGGAGAGUGAGCGUCCCUCGUGUGGAGCAGCACCUGGACCAUGCCGCCAAACCUUAUUAUGCAUUUAUAGUGGAGGUUACCAGAAUUGAUGUGACUGGAGCGGAGCUGCCAGAGGAAUUGCACUGGGAAGUGGAGAGAAGGUAUAAUGAGUUUUACAUACUUGAAAAUAAACUAACAGAAUUUCAUGGGGAGUUUCAAGACAAUCAGUUGCCCCCACGUCGAUCACUCUUCACAGCUAAGGAUAUUGGUUUUAUGCAGACACGUCGGCAGAUAUUUGAAGAGUUCCUUCAGAAACUACUACAGAAGCCAGCACUGAAAGGUUCUCAACUAUUAUUUCUAUUUCUGAAAACCAAAGAUGAGUUUACUAACACUUAUUUGCCUGAUGUCUCCAUUGGUCGCUUGAUUCGUGAUGUUCCACGCAAACUUAUGAAAGAGAGAGGACAACAUCUUGAUUCUUUUAUCAACAUCUUCCUUUCAUCAACUAUCACUGCUUACAAGAGUAAAAAAAUAGAGUGGGAUGAUGCUGCAUCAAAUGGAGAUACUUCAGAGACCUCCAAACUGGUUAAUUCUCUCCAAAAUUCAUUGUUUGGAGAUAAUGCCCAAAGUCUGCCGGCACCUCUUCACGAGCCACCGCCACCACCUCCAGCCACUAUGAGUGUUGUAGGAGUAUUUGAUACAAUCCUCUACUUAGUGGUGCGCGUGUAUGGUCUGUCAAUCAACGCCUUACGUUGGAUUGUGUGCCUCAGAGUAUUGGCUAGAAAUACCCUAGACGCAGCAGUCAGCAUGUUCUUGAGGCGCAAAUUGACAUUAGCCCUGGCUCCUCCACGGAUCGUCAAGCUCAUUCAUCUUAUUAGAGAUGCGCUCUUUGUAGACCCUCCUUCUGAACGAACAGAAGCAGAUCGCAGAAAUAGAGAAAAGGAACUGCGACAUGAAGUGAUGACAUUGUUACCAUCUUGGCUGCAACAUUUUCUCUUCACUCAAGAUCUGUAUACUGAGGGAGCAAACACCCUUGUAAAUCUUUUCCAACAGCCUGUGCUUAAUAAACAGCUAUCAUAUGUUCUGCUCGAUGCUGUCAUUGAUGAGCUAUUCCCCGAGUUGACCACAGACCUAGAACUGUCACCGUUUCUCGCCAGCUAAAUGAGGUGCUCCUUUAGUAUUCUCUCAGCAAAUAUGGUACAGUAAUAUGGUAAGAUUUUUGUAUACGUUACAAAAUAUGCAUACACUGUUCAAAACUAAAAUAAAAGUGUUUUUUGUUCAUUGAAAAAGUAAAGCUGUCUUAACAGAGUACAGGUGUAGACUUACAUGUAAAAUUGCUCCACCGUUACAUUCCUAAAUAGUUUUAGUAUACUUAUCUGCAUUGUACUUGUGAUCUUUAUUUAUUAAAAUACAGUAAUGAAAAUUUGGUGAACCUCAAUUAGAAAAUAAUAAAGGUAUUGGUGACCAUUAGUUUUACUAAUGUGAAGGGUUGGUAAGCCUGGCUUGAGGUUGACCAACCUGGAAUAACCAGCUGUCAUCUCAUGUGGUGAUGAAACAAGGUAGCUUUGGUCAUUUUAUCCUCUAUAUUAUUAUUACUUAUUAAUUUAUAUUACAUAACAUUAUUAUACAAACAAAUUAUGCAAUGUUCACAGGGACAAACAUUUUCAAAUUAAAUUAAGCUCAUGAAAAAUAUUUCAGAAAAUUCAUGGCAUGAAUAUGAUGCAUUUACAGAUCAUUUAUGUACAGUUAUUUAGUCUUGCUAGAAGAUUGUAAACACAAAAUUGAAAGUCUAUGGAAAGUUUUGCAGGAUGCAGGGUAUGGUAAAUUUAUUAUGUGUGUGCAUGGGCAUUGUAUGAGCCAGUGAUUUGAUUCUUUGUACCAAGUUGGUAUCGGAGCAGAUUGAAAAGAAAUGAUACAUCUCUAUACAGUAGUUUCAAAAAGCUCUUUUCUAGGAGAGGCCCUCCCUUAGUAUCUCACUGAGCUUAGUUAUGGUACCAGCAAGACUUAGCCCAACACACCAGGCCUCUGACACCCAUGAAUCUGACUGAAUCUUACUUACCCUAGAAGACAAAGGACCAGAGAUCAUCUGCAAAACCUUCUAGAAAGUAUAGUUGCAAUAAAACAAAUGGCUGCUUGAGGGAAAAUAGUCAUUCCUUGGGUAAACAUGGCCAAUGGUAAUUUCAGCCGGAUAAGUACCCUAACCAUAAAAUGCCCAACUGCCCCAAGUCAUGGACAUCCAGAUCACAGCCAGACUGCCUCCUCACUCUUCUGCCAGGUGUAACCUGUCCAACUCUUGUAACCUUUGCUGGACCCAUGAUUGGCUUUACACUUUCAGUGAAGUUGUCUUGCCUUUAUCUGGAACAUUACAUUCUGCCAGGGGGCUAUUUACUGUCUUUGGUUUUGUUUAUGCCAUCCACCUUGCACAUGCAUUAAUAUUACAUUUUACUACGGCCAUAGUUAGGGCGUUUUCUUCUGUGGGGCCGAUUUGGAUUUCUCUAUAUCAGUGUUAUACCACCUGAGGGAUUGCAAGCUUCUGCCUCAGUGUAUUGACUCCUGACAAGUUGCCUUGCUUCCGGCCAGUGAAUCAGAUUUUUCCUCCCUUGCAGGACAGUAAAUGGUAAGGAGAAAGCCUUCUCAGCAUUAAUUAAACAAAAAUAAGGAAUGCUUGAAUCACAUAGAUGAAUUCCAUGAUCCAGUCCUUGCUGGGUAAUCAAGCUCAGGAUUUGGUGUCUGCUUUACUCAGAUGCUCUGUGUCCUCUGUACAAAAAUAUAAUGGCCAAGGAUGCCACGUGGCUAACACUCAGUGUUCCAAUCAGCAGUAUUCCCGGUAUAGCCCCAUUGAGCAUUCUGUAGACUAAAAUUUUUAGCUAGGAAAUUUCUAAUAAUAGCGGUUAAUUAGAGGAAUAAGUGUGUUGGUAAUGCACUAGUGCAAGGAAGAGGUAACCCAUUACCAUAGAAAGGAAGCUAUAACUUAAUUAACCACUUUUGGAAGAGAAACAACAAUGCUCACACAUGUCCAGAGGUUGGGGGAUGUGGAAGAAAGAGGGCAGUGAUGGUUUGUUUGAAUUUCAUGAAUUUUCGUUUACCUGGAGUUAUACUUUACCUUGCGGUUACCUUGCGGUGAUUUUGGGGCCCAACGUUCCCACGGCCUGGUCCUUGUCCAGGCCUCCUUGUUGCUGAACUGGUCAACCAGGCUGUUGGACACAGCUGCUUGCAGCCUGACGUAUGAAUCAUGGCCUGGUUGAUAAGGUAUCCUUUGGAGAUGGUUAUCAAGUUCU